GCUGAUCAUGCGCAACUUUCCCAAGUCCUGGAUGGACAACAAGGGUGGAGACAUCGAUUCCAAGCUGAGGAAGCUGCUGGGAACCUUUGGCCAACUUUCCAGGCUGCAGGUGAUUGCGUCUCCAGGCGCUGUGACCACGGCGACUGCGACAUUCGCUGAAACUGCCAUGGCAGAGAAGGCUGUCAAGGCAUUGCAUGGUGUGGACAUGCGAACAGCCAAGCAGAAACGAGAAGCUGGCAACCGACCGCCGGCCGAGGAGGAGAAAUUCUGGGCACAGAUUGUCGCCAAGGUUGUUGGCGAGGAGCAGGUCUCAAACGAGCGCACGGCGCAGGAGACCUACUUGCUUGUGGAAGGCUUCCCCACAAGCUGGAGCGAGGCUCAGCUGCGUGCCACCUUCCUCGCCUUUGGUGGAGUCGAAAGACUAACGUAUGUGCCAGACUCAAGGUAUGGAAGGGUUGCCCGUCUGGUCUUGAAGGAGCCGGAGGAAAUGUCACGAGUUGUGAAAGAGCUCCAUGGCACCACGGUCGGCGAUGGGGAUGUCGUAGAGGAGUGCGUGUUGAACUGCAAAGUUACCAGUGCGGCGGUGCAAAAGAAGGAGGAGGAAGCGCGGAAGCGCAGAGAGGAGAAAGAAGCUCGAAAGUUGUAUCGUGCUGAUGUGCGAAAGAGGCGCGAGGAAGCCCGCCGCGAAAAAGAGAAGGGGAAGGAUGGAAAUGAACUCGACGAAACACAACCCGAGGAGAAGGAGGAUGAAGAAGAAGAAGAGGUCGAGGAGCCGAAGCCCAAGAAAAAGCAUGCUGCGAAGAAGGUUGCAGCACGCUUCGAGGCGGAGGAGCGCGAAAGAGAGGAACUGCGUCGCAAGCAGGAAGAAGAGGCCGAGCAGAAAAAGGCUGAGGAGGAGGAGGCCAAGAAGGCAGCGGCUGCCGCUUAUCAAGAGGAACUCAGACAGAAGGCGAAGGAGGCAGCUGAAAGGAGAGAGAAGGAGCAGCGGGAGAGGGAGAUGGAACGCCAAAAGCGAGAAGAGAAAAGGAGGCUUUGGGAGCUGGACCGCAUGAAGCGGGAGGAGGAGCGUCAAAGGCGAGAAGAAAAGAGGAGGAAAGCAGAAGAGGAGCGGCUGCGGCGGGAAGAGGAGGAGAGGCAGAAGCGCGCGGAAGCGCGAGCCGAAGCCGAGAGAAAGCGGGAAGAGGAGCGCCAGCGAAAAGAAGAAAAGAUGCGAAAGUACGAGGAAAGUCGCAUGAGACGCGAGGAGGUGCGAACACGGAAUGAGAUCCAGCGCGAGCUUUGGGAG